UGAAAACUAACUACAUUUUCGAACUUCUGUGAAGCCCAACAAGCCCUGAGGCUGAAAAAUCCAAAGCUGCUCAGCUCUCUCGGUGUCAACACUGGCUAUGUCUGGAAAAGUGUCUCAAAUUAAAGAAGCUUCAUCCUACCACUGAAAAGCCUGUAAACAAAUCCUCACAUUCUUUAGGGAAAUGUUUCUUCUAAGGCAAAAGAUAGCUCAGCAGCAAACAUCUCAUAGAGAUGUUGCUCCAAGGGUCUGGGGACCGUGGCCAUCUUCAAACAACAAAUCUGAUGAUGUUAAACGACAGAAGAGAUGUAAAGGCAACCGAGAAGAGAAACUAUCAUCUGCAGAGCACCUCCGCAAACAUACCACCACACACUUUGGCUACAGCACCCUCAGACUGUCCAUGAGGGGCCUGGAUGAGGCUCCAGCUGACCUGUGGGAGCUCCAUGAGCUAGACAAGCUCAACUUAUCCAUUAACAAUUUAUGCUCUCUACCUUCUGGCCUGGGAAAUCUGAAGAACCUUGUGGUGCUCAAUAUAUGGGGGAAUGAGUUGGAGAGACUUCCCCCUGAGAUCGGGCUCCUUCAGAACUUAAAGGUACUGUUUGCCUACUGCAACCGCCUCAGUGAGGUGCCUGAGGAAUUGAGCUACUGUGGCAAACUCGAGGUUCUCAGCCUUGCCAACAACCAGCUGACAGGGCUUCCAGGUAGCCUAGUCUCCAUGCAAAGGCUGGCCAAGCUAAAUUUGAGCUACAACCGUAUAUCACAUGUCCCCACUUGCAUCUACGCAAUGAAAGCUCUUGUGUUCUUGCAUAUGGCACAUAACGUCCUGGAGAACAUUGCCAACCAGAUCCAGGAAUUAUCCAACCUUAAGAUUCUGAUAGUGGAAGGCAACAACAUUCACACUCUACCCCGGACUCUGUGCUAUUUGACUGACUUGAAGCUCCUUAAUGUGAACUUUAAUGACCUGCAGAAUGUCCCCGCAGAAAUAUACAUGCUCAAGAACCUCAAAAGGCUGGCAUGUCAUCCACUUGAUAAGGGUUUACAUAUUGUUCAUAAUCCACUCUUGAAACCUCUACAAGAAGCGCUCCAGGGAGGACUGGAUGCUUUGUGUAACUACCUCAAACAUGCCUGA